UGGUGUCUGUCCUGUCCUGUCUGACGUGGAUGAUUACUGAUUUUACUGAUUGUUUAUUCACAUGGGCUUUAUCUUUUUAAGUCUGGACAUAUGAGCUGUGAACUGAAUAUUAAGAUCUACAUUUCCCUCCAUAUAUUUUUUUAACUUUUUGUGUUAAUAAUGGAGUGUGAAACACUCAGCCUGACCAGUUUUCAGUCAGAAUAGUUCACUGAUGAUCACAGCUUGACUUCUUUUAGGACUGUGCAUCUUUCCAACAGUACCAACGUUUUAUUGAAGUUGACAGUAUGGACUCCGUCUCUCAGAACCUGCAAGAUCAGAUCUCAGAGCUGCUGAAGCCCCACAGAGUCUGUCUGGUGACGCCCGUCAUUCUAAACCAUCCCAGUCAGCCAAGCAGAUCAUCCAACAGGUUUGUGGUGCUGAGUCUAUGGAGGGGUUACGUGAUUGCAAACAAGCAGCCUGUCAGGGUGGAGAGCACAUUCAGCUACUUGGACAUUUGCUCCAUCAACAUUCACAGUCUCACACAGAUUGUGUUGGAGACAGACAGGCAGACUCUGUCUUUCAGUGUGUUGCGCAUUGAGGAUCUUGAGGCCAUGGUCAGUCACAUGACCGCCUCACUGAAGAGGAUCUUCCCUGAUUCAUCUCCAGGGAAGCUGUUAAAGACGAUUUCUCCUGAACUUCAGCAGAGACUUCUCACACUGACCAGUGCGAUAGAGGAGCAGUUGAAUGAUCAGUCUGGAUCCUGUGGAGGAUUCUCUGAUACCUAUGCUGCUCUGUGUGACUUCAAUGAGAUGCCGUUUAGAGAGGAAAUUCAGUGGGAUGUUGACAACAUCUACUUCAUCCACAAAUGGAGAAAGUUCAACCUGCAGGACUUCAGCCACUUAGACAGCAGGGACUUGGCAAUAGCAGUAGCAGCUUUGUCCUUCAACCAGUGGUUUACCAAGAUAUACAGCAAAGAACUCAAACUGUCAGUAGACGUCCAGCAGCAGCUCACCUUCAUACUGUCCAGAUCUCCCAGUCUGGAGGAACUCUCACUGGAGACCAGCGGACUCAAACUGGACUUUGCAAUCAAAAUGGCAGCUGCGCUGCGGGAGAACACCUCUUCUACCUUGCAAUCCAUCAACCUCUCAGGCAAUCCAAUUGAAGACAAAGGUGUUAUAGCACUUAGUCAGGAGUUGGGGAAUCUAAAUGAGGGACUCAAAUACCUCUCUCUGUCCCGGGUGUCCAUGACGGCAAGAGGUCUUGGCUGCCUGAGUCAGGUGUUAUUCACCAAUCAGCUGUUCUCCGUAUCUCUGACCCACCUGGAUCUGUCUGGUAACCCCGGCAGCCUGGUUACUGAAGAGGCCACGUUUCUCUUUAAGUUCUUGUCCAGUGCUAACUCUCUGUCUCAUCUGGACCUCAGUGAUACCAACUGCCCUCUGGACACGUUGUUUGUGUCCCUGUCUGCUGGAUGUUGUUGUAAACUGAUGCACCUGAACCUGGCCAGGAAUCCUUUCAGCCACAGAAAGGUUCGGGAGGUGACCAGGAGCAUUCGAGAGUUCUUCAGUCAGAGCUGUGAGCUCAAAUUUGUUUGCCUAUCUGCAACCAAACUACCUCCACAAGCUCUCAGGUUAUUACUACAGGGUCUGGCAACCAACACUCGUCUCUGUGGGCUGGAGUUGGACCUCAGCAGCUGUGAACUACGUUCGGCAGGGGCCCAGGUGAUACAGGAACACAUCUCUGAAGCUACAGCCAUCAGAAGUCUGGAUAUCUCUGACAAUGGUUUUGAGAAUGACAUGGUGACUCUGGUUCUGUCUGUUGGUCGAUGCCGCUCUCUCCAUCACCUCUCACUGGGAAGAAACUUUGCUAUGAAGUCCAGAGCCCUGACUGAUGUUCUUCAUCGUAUAGCUCAGCUCGUUCAGGAUGAAGAGUGUCCCCUGCAGUCCCUGUCAGUGUGUGAUUCCAAGCUGAAGACAGGGAUGCACAUCCUGCUCAGCGCUCUGGGCGGUCACGCUGCUCUGGCUGAAGUGGACAUCAGUGGAAACAACAUUGGAGACACUGGAGCCAAAAUGUUGUCCAAGGCCCUGAUGAGCAACACCAGACUGAAGACUCUGAUAUGGGACAGGAACAGUGUAACUGCCAGGGGUUUUCAGGAUGUGGCUGAUGCUUUGGAAAGGAACUUCACUCUGCAGCAGGUGUCUCUCCCCCUGGCUGAUAUCACACAGAGUUACCGCAGUAACCCUGACAGAACCAAAGAGGCACUGCACAAGAUUCAGCAGUGCUUAGACAGAAACAACCAGAGACAGUGUGACAGAGUGGAACUGCAGCAAUUGUUGAAAACUCAACAGUCUGAAAAGAAGGUCCAGAGUCUGUGCCGGCAGCUGGAGGACAGUCUGAAACGUGUGACCCACUGCAACAUUCAGGAAAUCCACGCUGACAUCCUGGCAGCACAUGAAGUGCUGCACAACGCCAUGGAGUCUCUUAAACUGCUUCCCUCUCUGUACGAGGCGGGCCAGAAGUGGGCCUCUGAUGGAGACAUGGUGAACUGCAUCUUGACUGACGCUGCUGCUGCACUGACUGAUGAGUUCACUAGAAGCAUACAGGAACUGGCUCAAGGCCUGAUGAGGUGUGCAGAGGGAGUGUGUCCACGAGUGGUCCGCCGGUCAAGUGUGUGCGAGUGUGUGUCAGAGUGUGUGUCCAAGAGAAGCAGGCAGGCACACACAUUCCUAAGAAGCACUCUAGUGGAGAAGACGGGGCAGAUCAUCAGCAACAGACUGCGUGAACUAAGACAGACAUUAAGUGUCUCUCUGGCUGAAAGCAUCUGUGAACAGCUACAACAAGAUCUGGAAAUGGCACAGGACAAAAUGGAUUGCAUUAUCAAAGAGAAUUCAAGCAACACUCAAAGAAACAGCAUCCCAGAACUCCGCCUGGUCGAUGGCGACUUCCCCACUGACGACUACAGUCCAGCAUUCUGGAGAAAUAGUUUCCACUCCAAGAGCCUGAGGCCUGCCCCUUCAAUUAAGAGUCUCUUGGAUGCAGACUUGGAGCAGCAGACCAGGGACAGAGGAGCAGAGAGAGAGAGGGGAGGAGGCACUGGAGACGAAGGAGGAGGAAGGAGUGGCUUUCCCUGGUUGCCGACAGCAACCCCCCUGUCAGUCAUGGCCUCAAGCCCCUCCCCUUCCCCUUCCACCUCUCCGUCCCCCUCCCCCCCGGGACGGAGGGGGUGGCGGCGGAGGGAGGGGGAGGUGGCAGCGGUGGAUGCUGCAGCAGCAAUAUCAGGAGCGAGAGGAGCAUCGUUCAUUCCUCCUCCCAGUCUCCCCCUCCUUUACUCCAUCUCCGCUCGAGCUCCAGAGGAGGCUGCCAGCCGCGGAGGCUUACCCAGACGAGAGGCUCCCUUCCCCGGCUGCGGCCUCAGCCCAGGCCCCCUCCCUGGCUCUGGAUACCCCGCUUCUCCCAUGGAGCCUCUACCCACCCAGGGACAGACUCUAAGGCACUACACCGCCUCCCGACCACGGCCACGACGCACACAUACACUGCCCCCCUCCUCCAGGCCCCAGGAGCCAGUGUCAAAGGCAGAGAAUGAGGCCAGUGAGGGGAUGGGCAGAGUGGAUGAAGGAGUAGAAGAGUUCUUCACCAAGAAAAUCAUCCCUGACUAUGCACUAAAAGGCCGGUGGGAGGAGUCAAACCCUGCCCAAGCCACUCCCUCAGAGUCAAGCUCAACCCCCUCAGCGUCAACCCCUUUUUCCUCCUCGUCUGACCAUAUCACCUCCUCUGCCACCACUGUCACCUCUCCCUCUGUCCCAUCAACUGACACAUCCUUCACAUCCACUGAUGUUCCAUCCCUCUCUACAUCCUCCACAUCCCCCGUCCCCUCCUCUGUCACCUCGUCCACCACCACUCCCACCACCACCACCACACUUCCUACCAAAAACAUCAAGAAAAAGUUUGGCGACUUCUUCGCCUUCAAGAGGGCUCGAGCCGGGAGAGCCGCCAAGGCAGGAGGGGGAGAGGGAGGAGGAGAGGCGGUGAAGGUCAAAAGGACCUCCAUUGCAGACCUCAUUCGACCCCUCCGCGAGGCCAAAGAAAGGGAGAGAGAGAGAGAGAGGGACAAGGAGAGAGAGAAGGAGAGAGGGGCAAGGUCAGGGGAGGAUGCUAAUAUUUCUAAUGAUACCGCCACCACAGAAGGAACCAUUGCCACCAGCCACCAUCUUGCAGGCGAUGCGAGGGAAACAGUGGCGCCUGCCAAGACAUUAACCACGACGACGCCUCCCAGUGAGACCACUCCCCCUUACCCCAUCAUCACCACAACCUCUGACCUCGCCGCUGCUAUGCUCGCGAACAUGCAAGAAGAGGCAGUGACCUCACUUCCUGAUUUGCCAGGCCGAACCCCCAGUCCUGUGGUCACUUCUCCUCUAACCGAGCAGGAGCGGAGCAGUAUGCUGAUGAAGGAGAUGAAGAUGGGAGGGACUCCAUAUGGAGAGAGGAGACUGAAGGUCACCAAGAGGUCACUGAGAGAGGGCAAGAGCCAGAGUCUCAUACUGCUGACGGGAUUAGAGCCUGAAGACAAGGAUAACACACACAGUAAGAAACAUGUAUCUGAGAGCACAUCUAGUUUUGAACAGAGGCUUCAGGUUAUGCUGCACAGAAUGGGAGUGGCCAAAACUCCACCUGCUGAAACCAAGACAAACCAGAAUAAAGACGAGGAGCUGAGAAAAGCCAACUCUGAAGGUGCUAUCCUGGACAAACCUGAACCACCUCCCACAUACAUGAAGCCUAGAACCAUGUCCACGUCAUCAGCAGACCCCAGGCAUCCUAUGAGAGCGCUGGACCCCGUCCGGCCGGACCCUCCACUUCACCCAAAGCCUGCCCUCCCUGAGCGCCCCAUUGGCCCCCUGCCACCCAAACCUGCCGUCGCAGCCAAGCCUCCCCUCCCCACCCCAACUGCUCCUGCAGUAGGGGGAGCUCGUCCCUCCUCUGCUCCUCCUUCCAGCAGCUCAGUCGAGGGAGUGCAGCUCAGAGCAUACACACAUGAUGGCAGGCCAGCAGAGAGUCUUGCACAGAAUGAAAGCCUGGAGGGUCCUCGGGGUGCAGCCUCAGCUCCAUCCCCCAGGAAAGAGCUGAUCCCUCCAACCCCGUCUCCAUGGAGGGGUCCCAGCGCACAGGAUCGCUCCGAGAAAGCACAAUCAGUGACCGACGAGAGUCUUCCUAAACCACGCCAACACAUGAAGCCCCUCCCACAACGGCGAGCUGUGUCUGUCCACGAGGACGCUCUGGCCAUGACACAAGAGCUGAAGGCUGUGUUACAAAGGUCGCCCAUCCGUUUCCGGGGCAACAGAGGGGACCUGCCCACCUGCACUGAAGAUCCAACCAGUGGUGAGGAAGCACAAAGGACUCAGGAGGCCAGGGAAAAGGGGAAGCAGACAGCUGAAGAAAAGAAGGAGGAGCUGAAGGCAGUCUGUGGAGGAACACUAGAUCAAAGCAAGCACCCCCCUACAGCAGGUAGGGAAGCCCCAGUCUCAGGGUGUCCCUCUUCUGCAGCUCAGGCUCAACACGAAGCAUCAGCACCAAGACUCUUCAGUCCAGCUGCAGCCCCUGACAAAGCCCCACCAACCUUGGAAAAGCCUGCCGUAACCCCCACAUCCCAGGAGAAGAGCCCAGGCACAGCCUCAGCUUUUUCCCACCUUCUAGAAAAAACGCUGGUGUCCCCACCUCCCCAAGAAAAGACCCCCAGCACAAUCUCUUCUGAAACCCGCCCCCAAGUGAGUCCCCUGCCCCACAUGAAGAAGAGCCCUGGCACAUUAGCAGCCACAGCGGAUGUGGGAAACAGCACAAAGGAGAGAGGAGAGGCGGUCUCUAAACAGCACACAAUGAAGGCAGAGCCAGCAGACCAAAGAACUGAGCCCCCUCUCUCUGAAUAACACACAGACUCACCUGAGGGGAAAAGACACACCUGGGAAAGACUCGAGGGAGGGGUCUGUGACAUCACAGAUCAGGAAGUGGGAGGGUAUAUGAGGUCUGAGAGUAGCGUGAAUGUUGUUCCCUCCUGUUUGAAACAGGAUAGUAGGGUGGCCCAGCUGAAAGACUCACAUCAUACCAACAUCCCAGGUUCAAUCCCUGCAGCAGCCAAUGUGCCCUGUUGAAGUGUCCUUAAGCAAGGCACUGAAGCCCUACCCGUCCUGUCCUUGUGUUGUACUGUAGAAAACAGCUGCUGUGUCCCAUGUCAGCGCUCUUCUCUUUGUCUCAGGAGGGUGCAUAUUCCAUUACAAAGGCAGCCUUCUUUUACCCAAAUUAUAAUGCUAAUAAUGCUAAUAAAUGAUCACAUAGCCCACAACAAGUAUUUUGCAACAACAAUCACCAGUCAAGGUCCACCUACUCACUUGUUCUGGAGCUUUCAACCAUGUCAAACAGUCUUCAGCAUGGAUGAGUAGUCCUUGAGGUGCUCAGAAUAAUGGAAAAUUUGAAUAUUCCAUGUAACUGAGUAAACGUUAUCUGCUGAUUAAGACCAGGCAUGAGGGUAGCUUAUUGGUAAUAAAAUACAAUAAUAAAAGUAGUAAAGAUUUAACUUUCUGAGUGGAUGAGGAGUACCAAAUAGCAACAUCUGUUUUGGUUUGUGUGAGACUAGCCUGUGUUAUUCAUACUAAUAUGACUGCAUAUUAGUUAUCAAGUUGUCAGUAGCAGUUCACCAGCUAGCCCUGUGUGUAGUCACUACAUCAACAAGCCGACAAACAAAUGUUUCACAAAGACAUGCUGAUUCAUUUGCAAUGCCACUUCAUGGUGUGACCAGGCCUACAGUGUAAAUUAUUUCCCUCAAGUUCAAACGUGUAACUCAUGCAGGGCACAUGCGCCUCAAUUCUCACCAUCCAGGGCUUAUCUGCACCUACUCCCAUUUUUACAUUGACUGAUAUACAAUAACCCCGCCUGUACAAUUAACUUCACAUUCAGUCUAAACACAGCUGUAGAUCACAAGUUUGAGUCCUUCCAAAGACACUGAGCCUGAAAUGGGACACAGCUAGCAUCAGCUAAAUGAGUAAAUAACAAGAGCAUCAUCAACGGGUGGUAGUGAAAUAUGUGUACUCUCAACAAAAGAAUGGUUGAUUUUACAACACAUUUGUGAGUGUAGUUCAUUAACACAUCAUGUUCAUCACAUCAUUAAUAUCACCUGCUUAUACAUGUUGUUAUAUUGAGUUGAUUUGGGGGUUUUCAAGGCCGAUGAUGUAGUUUAUGGUUAGAAGAUGACAAAAGAUAUAGAUAUUCUGUAUAUUUCAACUUGGCCUUAAACUUUUUAAAAGUAUCCCAGAAUGAUCUUUUCAGUAAAAAGAUCUCGUAAACCACAUUUACAUAUUUCAUUGUGAUUUAGAUUUAAGUGAUUCAUCUACAUAAAGACAAAUUAAGAUCA